UCGAAUGUACAAAGUGCUAAUAGUAAUGUAGAGUGGAAACGUCACCUGGAAUGGGCUUUAUUUUUGCCUCUAUAAGGUGAAAUUUUCACAUUUUUAUUGUGUUCAUUUAACAAAGUCCAGGUAUCCUCUACUCCUCUCAUGUUAUUUCCAUUCUACAAUAUUGAGUUGUUAUUUCACUUUCUUCUCCAUUACCUUAGACUAGUUGUAAAUUAAGACUGACAAGAAAGGUACAAUUUGAUGAAUUUUAAUAUAAAAUAUAUAGUGUCUCUAAUAAAAUUUUGUAGGUAAGAGUAAUAACUCUUCUUUUUUCCUAGAUUUGAAAUUACAUGAGAGAUACUACAUCAGACUAACAUUUGAAGGAGAUAUUAUAAAAACAUGAGUAAAGGAAUGAGCUUACCUAAUAUUAAAUUUUAUUUAAAUGUCAAAUUACACCCUUUAAGGGGAGGGGAACCUGUCAUGAAGCUGGUGAAGGGUUCUUGACUCAAGGAAUUGGAGCUGUUCUUUCCUUCUUGGAUCAGACUACUUUGCCAUCCAAUACCCUUGCACUGUAUAACACCUGCUGGUUUAGUUCUUCCUGGAGUUUUACCUGGAGAGAGUUCUGGGGGUCAACGCUCCCGUGGCCUGGUCUGUGACCAGGCCUCCUGGUGGAUCAGAGCCUGAUCAACCAGGCUGUUACUGCUGGCUGCACGCAAACCAACGUACGAGCCACAGCCCGGCUGGUCAGGUACCGACUUUAGGUACUUGUCCAGUGCCAGUUUGAAGACUGCCAGGGGUCUAUUGGUAAUCCCCCUUAUGUAUGCUGGGAGGCAGUUGAACAGUCUCGGGCCCCUGACACUUAUUGUAUUGUCUCUUAACGUGCUAGUGACACCCCUGCUUUUCAUUGGGGGGAUGUUGCAUCGUCUGCCAAGUCUUUUGCUUUCGUUGUGAGUGAUUCUCAUGUGCAAGUUCAGUACUAGUCCCUCUAGGAUUUUCCAGGUUUAUAUAAUCAUGUAUCUCUCCCGCCUACAUUCCAGGGAAUACAGGUUCAGGAACUUCAAGCGCUCCCAGUAAUUGAGGUGAUUUAUCUCCGUUAUGCGUGCCGUGAAGGUUCUCUGUACAUUUUCUAGGUCAGCAAUUUCACCUGCCUUGAAAGGUGCUGUUAGUGUGCAGCAAUAUUCCAGCCUAGAUAGAACAAGUGACCUGAAGAGUGUCAUCAUGGGCUUGGCAUCCACAUGGCUAUAAUAAAUAAAUAACAUAUAAUUAUAGUAGCUUAUGGAUUGCAUGCGGUGCAUUAGCAAUUCAAAAAGAAUGCCUCAUAUUCUUAAUGCUAACAUAGGUAAGUCUUAAUAGGUAAUCAAAGAGAAGUUUCCUGUGAGCUUUCCUAAAGUCCUGCUUAAUUUUUUAUUCUUUUAUUUUUCAGUUCACGAAGAGAAGUGUAUGUGUAAUGCUGGCAUCCAAUCCAAAAAUUAAAGUAGCAAAACUACUGCUUUUAUUAUUAUAAUUCACACCACUGUUCAAUAUAACAGGUUUUGCAUCAAGACACAUAAUCAGCUUUAAAUGUGCAGUACUUUAAUAGUGGGAUGUAGUUUUCAUCUUAUCAAAGUAUUAGUGUGUGAAACAUUACCAUACUCUCCAGUAAGAAGGUUAUUCAUUGUAAGUAUUGCCUUUAAAGUGCCAGUUUGUAGCACUCAGAAGCUUGAUAUCAUCUUUCAUUGCAAGUUCUGAAGUUUUACCUGACAAAAAAGUAACAUACACAGUACAUAUAUUGAGAAAUUAUUUUUUUGGACACUUCAUUACUGAUAUGUAGUGAUCUUUUCUUAUCACUUUAGUAGUUUCCCCACCAGAGUAAGGUGACCCAAAAAAGAACACACUCCCAAUCACUCAUGCAGUAUCAGAAGUGCACAGACUUAAUUCACAUUGUUUAAUGUCACAAAGACCAUUCAUAUAAAAAAUAUAUUUAAUAUAUAUAGUCUAGUAAAUUAGUCUAUAGAAGUAAAAAUAAGUAGUGAUCUUUGUAUUUUAAAUCUUUAUGAGUCUUAUUUGGAAACAAAUAUGGAAAUAGACAAAGAAAAGAACCCAUAUCAGUGUUCAGAGUGUCUAAAAGUGUUUUCACAAAAAUCAUCUUUAUCCAAUCACAAAAGAGCUCACUCAAAGAAAAGGUAUUAUCAGUGUUCACAUUGUUUAAAGGAGUUUUCUCGCAAAAAUGAAUUUGAAAAUCACGUGAGGACUCAUACAAGAGAGAAACCUUAUCAUUGUUCGGAGUGUCUAAAAGAGUUUGGACGUAAGUCUUACCUAGUAAUUCACAUGAAAUCCCAUUCAGAAAAAAAACCUUAUAACUGCUCUCAAUGUUCAAAAGAGUUUAUACGCAAAUAUGAUUUUGAGAGCCAUGUGAGAAUUCAUACUGGAGAAAAACCAUAUCAGUGUUCUGAGUGUCUGAAAUGUUUUUCACGAAAUUCUACUUUAAUCAAGCAUAAGAGAAGUCACACUGGGAAAAAACCAUAUAAAUGUUCAUUGUGUUUAAAAGAUUAUUCUGACAAAUAUACUCUAAUUAAACACAUGAGUGUUCAUAAAGAAAAGGUGUAUCAUGUUCAAUGUGUGUAAAAGCUUUUUCUAAAAGACCUGCUCUAGUUAAACAUAUGAGAGCUCAUACAGGAGAGAAGGUGCAUCAGUGUUCAAAAUGUCUAAAAGAAUUUGCUCUAAAAUCUCUCCUAACAAAACACAUGCGAGUGCAUACAGGAGUAAAGCCGUAUAUGUGUUCAGUGUGUCUAAAGUGUUUUUCACAAAACUCUCAUCUGGUGUCACACUUGAGAGUUCAUACAGGAGAGAAACCAUACCAAUGUUCAAGCUGUCAAAAAAAAUUUAAAACAAAUUCUCAUCUAGUAACACAUUUGAAAAUUCAUUCAGGGGAGAAGCCAUAUAAGUGUUUAGACUGCUUAAAAGAUUUUUCAUCAAAAUUUAAUCUUAAAAAGCACUUGAGAGUUCAUAAAGAUGAGAAAUCAUUUCAGUGUUCAGAAUGUCUAAAAUACUUCAAGGACAAAUCUUAUUUAGAUAUUCAUAUGAAAGCUCAUACACGAGAGAAACCUUAUCGAUGUUCGGAGUGUCUUAAAGACUUUUCACAAAAAUCUGUGCUUAUAAAGCACUUGAAAAUUCAUUCAGGUGAGAAACCAUAUCACUGUUCAGAAUGUUUUAAGAACUUUUCAAAUAAAUCUUAUCUGGAAGUGCACAUGAGUGUUCACACAGGAAAAAAACCAUAUCAGUGUUCUGAGUGUCUAAAAGAUUUUACACACAAAUCUAAUUUAGCAAGACACAUGACAAUUCAUACUCGGGAGAAGCCAUAUCAAUGUUCAGAGUGUCUAAAACAUUUUUCUCAAAAGUCUAUUUUGGUAAGACACAUUAAAGGUCAUGCAGGAGAGAAACCAUAUCAGUGUUCAGUCUGUUUAAAAAACUUUGUGAAUAAGUAUUACAUAAAUAUACAUAUGAGAAUUCAUACAGGAUGGAAACCCUAUCAGUGUCCAGUGUGUUUAAAAGACUUCACACAAAAAGUCAAUCUACAAAAGCAUAUGAGAGUUCAUAGUGGAGAAAAAUCUUAUCAAUGCCCAGAGUGUUUUAAAGACUUUUGUCAGGAGAUUUAUUUCUUAGAGCAUAUAAAAAGUCAUACCAGAGAGAAACAAUUGCAAUCUUUAGAGUAAUUAAAAUAUUUAUGAAAUACUGCAAAUAUAAUCUAGUAAAUUAAAAUGAAUGUUUGUUCAGAAUGUUCAAGACUUUUUUUAAAUAAAUAAUUUAUGUAAAUACA